UACUGACUGCUGUACCCAAUCAACACUUUCUGUCAUUUCAGUCAGUCACUUUCUGUCUCUUAAAUAUCAACACGUCUGGGCUUGACUGAUUCGACAGCACAGCUAUGUGCAGCUGUGUGCGGAGCUCCAGGGCUCUGUCCCCUGUGCUGCUCCCCAGGCUCCUGCUUCCUCACACGGGGUUCAGACUGGCCGGCAGGGGACUCUGGACUUCCCCUCACUGUAUGGCUGUCAGUGGAGACUCCCAGCUACUCCCACUGCCCAGCCAGGCCCGUGUGGUGAUCUGUGGAGGAGGUAUUGUGGGAACAUCAGUAGCCUUCCACCUGGCCAAACUGGGCUGGACUGAUAUAGUGCUGCUGGAGCAGGGCAGACUUGGUGCAGGGACAACCAGACUGUGUGCUGGCAUUGUCAGCGUGGCCAAGCCUAUUUCCAUUGAGUGUCAAAUGGCAAACUACUCCAAUGGGCUUUACCAGCAGCUGGAGGAGGAGACUGGGGUCAAAACAGGUUAUGUGAAGACCGGGUCUUUGUGUCUGGCCCAAAAUCAGGAUCGCUUCCUCUCUCUGAAGCGCCUGGCAUCCCGACUAAAGGUAAUGGGGAUCAGCUGUAGCAUCAUUAAGCCUAAAGAGGUGGCCAAACUCCACCCUCUAGUUAACAUUCAUGACCUGGUGGGGGCGCUCCACCUCCCUGGAGAUGCUGUGGUGUCUCCACCUGAUGUUAACCACGCCCUGGCUGUGGCCGCUGCUGGACAAGGUGUUCAGAUCCUGGAUCGAACCACUGUCCAGCAGGUUCUGGUAGAGAAGGGCCAAGUGAUGGCAGUGGAGACUGAUCGUGGCUCCAUUGAGUGUGAAUAUUUUGUCAACUGUGCUGGACAGUGGGCUUACGAGUUGGGCCAGGCUAGUGAGAUGAAGGUGUCAGUUCCUCUUCAUGGCUGUGAACACUUCUACCUCCUCACCAAACCUCUGCAGCAGCCACUUCCGCCCAGCACACCAGUGGUAAUCGAUAUGGAUGGCAGGAUAUAUGCACGGCCAUGGCAGGGAGGCCUUCUGUCAGGGGGCUUUGAGAAGAACCCCAAACCCAUCUUCACUGAGGGGCGCAACCAGCUGGAGAUCCAGAACAUGCAGGAGGACUGGGACCACUUCGAGCCCAUGCUCAGUGCCUUGCUGAGGAGAAUGCCCGGUCUUGAAUCAGCUGAGAUCCAUCAGCUUGUCAACUGUCCUGAGUCCUUCACCCCUGAUAUGCGCUGCUUGAUGGGGGAGACACCAGGUGUCUCUGGCUACUAUGUGCUGGCAGGGAUGAACUCCUCUGGCCUGGCCUUCGCUGGAGGAGCUGGCAAGUACCUGGCAGAGUGGAUGACCUAUGGCUACCCCACUGCCAAUGUCUGGCCACUAGACAUCAAACGCUUCGGCAACCUGCAGAGCAGCCGAACCUUCCUGCGUCACAGAGUAAUGGAGGUCAUGCCCCUGCUGUACGAACUAAAGGUUCCUCGAUGGGACUUUCAGACCGGGCGUCAGCUGCGCACCAGCCCUCUGUACGACCGUCUGGACACCCAGGGAGCUCGCUGGAUGGAGAAACAUGGUUUUGAAAGGCCCAAAUAUUUUGUUCCUCCAGGAAAAGAUCUGCUGUCUCUGGACCAGAGUAAGACCUUCUACAAGCCGGACUGGUUUGACAUUGUUGGAGCAGAAGUGAAGUGCUGCAAAGAGGCCGUCUGUGUCAUCGACAUGUCCUCUUUCACAAAGUUUGAACUGACUUCAUCAGGGGACCAGGCCCUGGACCUGCUGCAACAUCUGUGUGCCAAUGACCUGGAUGUUCCCGUUGGACAUAUUGUUCACACCGGCAUGCUGAAUGAGAGGGGAGGCUAUGAGAACGACUGUAGCGUGGUCCGCCUCAGCAAGAACAGCUUCUUCAUCAUCUCUCCGACAGACCAGCAGGUCCACUGUUGGUCCUGGAUAAAGAAACACAUGCCCAGUGACCCACACCUCCACCUAGAGGAUGUCAGCUGGAAGUACACUGCUUUAAAUCUGAUUGGACCCCGUGCAAUGGAUGUCCUGGCUGAGCUAUCUUAUGUUUCUAUGACACCUGAUCACUUCCCCUCCAUGUUCUGUAAGGAGAUGAGUGUUGGCUAUGCCAACGGGAUCAGAGUGAUGAGUAUGACUCACACUGGGGAACCAGGUUUCAUGCUCUACAUACCGAUAGAGUAUGCACUGCAUGUGUACAACGAGGUGAUGUCUGUGGGUCAGAAGUACGGGAUUCGUAAUGCAGGGUACUACGCGCUGCGCAGCCUACGCAUCGAGAAAUUCUUUGCCUUCUGGGGUCAGGACCUCGACGCCUUCACCACCCCGCUGGAGUGUGGACGAGAGUUCAGGGUGAAGUUUGACAAGGACACAGAUUUCCUCGGUCGGGAGGCCUUGUUGCAGCAGCGUCAGGACGGUGCGACUCGGCGAUUCGUCAUGCUGGUUCUAGAGGACCACGACACUGAGCUGGACCUGUGGCCCUGGUGGGGCGAGCCCAUCUACCGUAACGGUCAGUUAGCUGGAACGACCACCAGCAGCGCCUACAGCUACACUCUGGAGCGCCAUGUCUGCCUUGGCUUUGUAUCUCCGCCGCCAGGCCCAGAAGGGCUCCCCACUCCCAUCACCCCUGAUUUCAUCAACCGUGGGGACUACGAGGUGGACAUUGCUGGCCAGCGCUACCCAGCCAAAGCCAAACUCUACCCCUUCAGCUCCCUCUUCACUCAACAAAAACGCCGCAAGGAGGACAUGGAGUUAAGCAACCUCCAGGGGAAGUGAUGUGGCGUAAUAGAAGGUGCAGUUUUACCCCAGUAUGGGCUCAGUUCACCAAAUCCACUCCUACGCUCCUUACCUGGCAGUGCCAACCUAUUGUCCCUACUCUCACUCCUAACAUGAGGGCUGUAUGCACAAUCACCCCACGUCUCUCCAUGCUGCAUCUCCCUCGUUCCAAGUGCAAUAUUUAAAAGGCACCAAAUGCUUGAGCUGUAUCAAAUACAGUGACAAAAAAAUACGCUUGUCCUCAAAUCCUGCAGUUGUUCUUCAGCCCUGCUUCACACUCAAACAUGGUCGGCAGUUUACCCGGGACAAUCUACAGUUAAGUGCCUUUCUCAAGGCAACAUCAACAAUGUGUGUUGAGGACUCUUUCACUUUGGUCACUUUCACCCAUCCUGAAGGGAUUUAGACCGACAAUCUCCCCAGGCUGUGUUCAGGUCACUAACAUUUCGACGCUGCACAGUCUGGAAGAGUCUGAGAGAAAUGUCAUUGGAUGCUGAUGUGCAAAUGCCUACACAGUCAAUGCAGUUCUUGACUUAAUUGUUAUUUUGCAAACUGUACAUUUGCUGCUGUAAAGAAUAUGAGUGACGUGAUGUGGCCUAAUUCAGAUAAUUUAUACUGUCCACUACUAAAAAUGUCCACUGUCUCCACUUCCAGUCCUGUUGUAAAGGCUUCCCAGGCUCUCCUAAAAAGUAAAGCAAAAUGACUUUCUCCCACUUUAUUUUGUCAUUAUCAUCAAGUUAUUCUGCCGUGUGUUGAGCUUGUGGUCAUGUAUUUACGGUAUAAUAAUAUAAUCCGCCCUGUUAUUUAUGUUUUGAGGUUGUUUUGAAGCACCAUUGCUCUUUUGACUUUUGUUUCAUGUAUGUGUUGUUGAAUGUGUGGCUGAUGUUUGGUGACGCACAGAUGAGGGAAGGCAGUAUCGGAAAGCUGGUGCUGUAUGUUUUUUUUUUUUUUUUGCCUGAUCCAGAGUUCUGACGUUUGUGUAAAGGAAGUACUUCAUUGCGAUUUAAAAUAAAGCAAUGUAUUUUUGUAUAGCUAGUGUGUAUAAAAUCUAUUUUCAGUACCGCACGCUUUUUUUCCAGUCAGUCAGCUUUAAGUCAUAUCAGCUGCAUGAAUCAUUGGUACAUCAGUUGUUUCAUUUAUGCAGUUGUCCUUUGGAUUUUGCAUCAUUUCAAAUGCUUUCCAGAAAUAUUCUGUGCAAGGAAAUGUCUGUCAGCAACAGCUUAGCGUUUUCCUACAUGAGCGUUUGUAUACACCUUAAAGUUAUUCGGUCCUUUUUCCUCCUGCCCCAUUUAGAGGUCAAAAGUCAGGGAGGACUUCAGAUCAGCAGGUCUGGAGCUCGUAGGGAUUCUCUUCUCUUGCUGAGAGUGGCAGCUGAAAGUUGAAUUCAUCCAGCCAGAUCACACAUCAUACAGGGUAGUUGACACAUGAGUGUUAGAUCAGUGUGUGAGUACUGUGUGUUUAUUGAUGUCAAAAGGCACCAAACUGUGUGUUCCCCUGCUGGGAAUGUGAAAGUCUGACUGGCUGAACGGUUGAGUGAAAACCAUCCAUUUGUGCAGUGCAGGUGCCUCUGAGCUCCAAUAAACUCCUUCCUGAUAUGGUCAUAUUCAAAACUGGAUGUGGAAUAUUUUACUCAAUGUCAUUUCCAGCAGAGUGAAGGUGGAGUAAUUGAUUCUUGAGAAAGAUUUAACUAUAUUUAAAGUCAACACCCUAACAAAUAGACCCCUCUCGUCAGUGCUCCCUCAGAAAAAUCCUUUAUUACUGUCACGGCGGGAGGGAGAGUAGCUGUUGUUGGCUUGUGUAGCUUGGUGUGAGACACUGUCAUUUAUAGAGCCAGGGCUGUGUAUGACCAGGGGAUUUUUUAGAGUCCAAAGAACAAACAGCCAGCAAACCAUGAGGAGAGAUUGGCUAUUUGACAAGAAGUGUAUUGGUUUACAAUGGCUGAUGGCAGUGUGCUUAAGGAUUGUAGCACAUACAGAGAGGAAAGGGAACCCACUGUAAUAACUCCAUUGAUUGACAGAUUUAAUAGACAAUUAAACGCUGCACCACUAAAUCUGUCAUUAAUGUGUUAAACUAUUGUUAAACUCUGAUCAGUUGAGUAACAAAAGACUUAUUUAUGUGGUUGGAAAUUUACAGAUUGGUGCUUUAAUGAUUUGGUCAUUUGAAAUUCAAGUUUUUAUUUUCUGUAAAAAUAUAUCAAGAACAAGGUUUUAUCAGCUGCACCGGCACCUCUGAAAUGGGAGAAAAAAUUGUUGCCUCUUUAAGUUUGGAUAUUGCUGAAGACCUGAUGCUUUGUUGACACAGCAGGAAUUUGGAAAGCCAAUCUGUCAUUCUUGUGUUAUUUUGACUUGCCUUUUUGUUAUUGUGCUAACAUCUCAGGCGUUUCCACGGAAGUUCAACUGAUUUAUAAUUUAAGGAGUUUCUGGUUUAUAACGUAUGAAGUUAGAAUGAAUCUAGGAAAAAGAAACCAGCUGCAACAGGGAGUCUUGACGUCACUUUCAAAGGGCUAAUUUCUCUUUCUGUGUGUUAUGAUUGUACAUAUUAAAUGAGGCAUUUUACACAUCAGAGUGCAGUGAAUCAUUCUGAGUGUUUGCAUCAGAGUACAGUCUGCUUUUAUUCAGUCUCAGUGCUGUUUCUGCGGUGCUGUGGUACCAACAUUUCUCUACAUCAGUUGAGUCAGUCUUUUUUUUAACUGUCCAACUACAUUUUUGAGAGUGCGACUGAAGGGAAAUGGCCCAAAGUAUUUGCACUAAACAAGAGCAGCCUGCUGUUUUUUUGUUUUCUGUUUUGUUUCUGUAUGUGCUCACAGACUUUCUGUGGUAUUUAAGAAUUUGAGUUUUCUUGUAUUUCAAAUGUUAAAAAAACACUCAACAGCUGUACCUGUUAAGUCUUUGGAGGUCUGGAGAAGAAGAAAAGUCUGUUGUAAUGAUAACUAAUUGUUUUGUGUUGUCUUUUUUCCAGCGCUAAAACACAGUGGCACUCCACAUAGCUAAUUAAUGAUUUUGUGAAUGUUUGUCUCUCAUUUAAUGUCUCCAUAUUAUCACCUCUUGUACUGGACUUACCUGUAAAUGUGUUUUCAUCUGAGCUUUACAAUGAUGUAUUUAUAUCACGUUAAACUGAUGUUUGGCUGUCUGAUAUACUCCAAGUAAAAUAUAAAGAGAAUUUUGUUGAA